ACGUCGGGGCGGGGAAGAGCGUCGUCGCUCUAGGGUGACGUCUCCCGCGGGCGUCUGCAGGGUUGGCGGCGUCGGCAGCAGUGUCGGCGGCGGCGGCAGCGGCGGCGGGUGGGAAAUGGCGGAGUAUCUGGCCUCCAUUUUCGGCACCGAGAAAGACAAAGUCAACUGUUCAUUUUAUUUCAAAAUUGGAGCAUGUCGUCAUGGAGACAGGUGCUCUCGGUUGCACAAUAAACCAACGUUUAGCCAGACCAUUGCCCUCUUGAACAUUUACCGUAACCCUCAAAACUCUUCCCAGUCUGCUGACGGUUUGCGCUGUGCCGUGAGCGAUGUUGAGAUGCAGGAACACUAUGAUGAAUUUUUUGAGGAGGUUUUUACAGAGAUGGAGGAGAAGUAUGGGGAAGUUGAGGAGAUGAACGUCUGUGAUAACCUGGGCGACCACCUGGUGGGGAACGUGUACGUCAAGUUUCGCCGUGAGGAAGAUGCGGAGAAGGCUGUGAUUGACUUGAAUAACCGCUGGUUUAAUGGACAGCCGAUCCACGCCGAGCUGUCGCCCGUGACGGACUUCAGAGAAGCCUGCUGCCGUCAGUAUGAGAUGGGGGAAUGCACGCAGGGUAGUGAGUGUCUCCUCCACCCCACAGGGAAUGCACGCGAGGUAGUGAGUGUCUCCUCCACCCCACAGGGAAUGCACACGAGGUAGUGAGUGUCUCCUCCACCCCACAGGGAAUGCACGCAGGGUAGUGAGUGUCUCCUCCACCCCACAGGGAAUGCACACGAGGUAGUGAGUGUCUCCUCCACCCCACAGGGAAUGCACGCGAGGUAGUGAGUGUCUCCUCCAUCCCACAGGGAAUGCACACGAGGUAGUGAGUGUCUCCUCCACCCCACAGGGAAUGCACGCAGGGUAGUGAGUGUCUCCUCCACCCCACAGGGAAUGCACACGAGGUAGUGAGUGUCUCCUCCACCCCACAGGGAAUGCACGCGAGGUAGUGAGUGUCUGCCUCCCACCCCACGGGAAUGCAUGCGAGGUAGUGAGUGUCUCCACCCCACAGAGAAUGCACAUGAGGUAGUGAGUGUCUCCACCCCACAGGGAAUGCACGCGAGGUAGUGAGUGUCUCCACCCCACAGGGAAUGCACAUGAGGUAGUGAGUGUCUCCACCCCACAGGGAAUGCACAUGAGGUAGUGAGUGUCUCCUCCACCCCACAGGGAAUGCACGCGAGGUAGUGAGUGUCUGCCUCCCACCCCACGGGAAUGCACGCGAGGUAGUGAGUGUCUCUUCCACCCCACAGGGAAUGCACGCAGGGUAGUGAGUGUCUCCUCCACCCCACGGGGAAUAUACGCGAGGUAGUGAGUGUCUCUUCCACCCCACAGGGAAUGCACGCGAGGCGGUUUCUGCAACUUCAUGCAUCUGAAGCCCAUUUCCAGAGAGCUGCGGCGGGAGCUGUAUGGGCGCCGUCGCAAGAAG